AUGCCUCUCAGACACGACUCGCCUCUCUUUUGUUCCCCCCCCCUUUUUUUUUUUUCUUUUUUCCCCCCCAAAAAAUUCAUCCCCACUGAAGUGGUGAGAAGACACCCAGUGUUUCUGGGCCGACCCCACCGAACAUGGCUGAGACAAGAGCCUCUGCACAUCCAGAGGAUUCUCCAAGUCAAUCGGACACUCUACAUUGGAGCCAGGGAUGACCUUUUCCGUGUGGAGUUGGACAUUGUUGCAGGAGACGAGAUGUUCUACAGCAAGAAAAGGACAUGGGAGUCGAACAAGAAUGACAUCAGGAUCUGCAGGAUGAAGGGCAAGCAUGAGGAUGAAUGCCGUAAUUUCAUGAAGGUGCUGCUCAGCAGAGAAGGAGGCCUGUUUGUGUGUGGGACCAACGCCUUCAACCCGCUGUGUGCCAACUACACUGGAGACACUCUCGAGAUGGUAGGAGACACGGUCAGCGGUAUGGCGAGAUGCCCCUACGACCCCAAACACGCCAAUGUCGCUCUGUUUGCCGAGGGGAAUCUGUUUACAGCCACAGUGACAGACUUCCUGGCCAUUGAUGCGGUGAUCUAUCGUAGCCUUGGGGACAGCCUCGCUCUGCGCACUGUCAAGCACGACUCCAAGUGGUUCAGAGAGCCCUAUUUUGUCAGCGCUGUGGAGUGGGGACCUCACAUCUACUUCUUCUUCAGAGAGAUAGCCAUGGAGUUCAAUUACCUGGAGAAGGUGGUGGUGUCACGUGUGGCGCGGGUGUGCAAACGCGACCUGGGUGGGUCUCAGCGCGUCCUGGAGAAGCAGUGGACAUCGUUCCUGAAGGCCCGUCUGAACUGCUCCGUCCCCGGUGAUUCCCACUUCUACUUUAACCUGCUCCACUCCACCAGCCCCAUCAUCAGGAUGCACGGCAGGGACAUAAUCCUGGGGGUGUUUUCCACACCAGCAAACAGUAUUCCAGGUUCGGCGGUGUGUGCCUUCGACAUGGAGCAGCUGGCUGGGGUGUUUGAAGGGAGGUUCAAGGAGCAGAAAUCACCGGAGUCUAUUUGGACGCCUGUUCCAGAUGAAGUCAUCCCGAAGCCAAGACCCGGUGGCUGUGCCGUUCAAGGUUCCAGGUUUAAUUCCUCAAACGCGUUCCCUGAUGAGAUGCUCAACUUCGUCAAGACCCACCCUCUGAUGGAUGAAGCCGUCCCAUCACUCGGGCAAAGACCCUGGAUUGUCAGAACCAUGGUCAGGUACCAGCUGAAUAAGAUGGUGGUGGAUACAGAAGCUGGGCCUUAUAGAAACCAAACCGUCCUGUUUCUCGGGUCAAGCAGAGGGACCAUCCUCAAGUUCCUCAUCAUGCCCAACCAGGACAACACCGUCACCAACAGCAACAUCUUCCUGGAGGAACUGGAGGGAUUCAACCCUGAUAAGUGUGCGGAAGACUCUCUGCAGGCCAGGCAGCUGUUGUCUCUGACUCUGGACCGGGCCAGCCACACUUUGCUCCUCGCCUUCCCCUCCUGUGUGGUCAGAGUACCAGUGGCACGAUGCCAGCUCUACUCCCGGUGCAUGAAGAACUGUAUCGCCUCCAGGGAUCCUUACUGUGGCUGGACCAGAGGAAGCACCUGCUCUUUCCUCAGACCUGGGACCAGACUGCCGUUCGAGCAAGAUGUUGAACAAGGGAACGUGGCCCACUUGGGUGACUGUGACGGAAUGCUGCUCCAAGAGAGUUUUAUCGAGGAGCCUGAUGGCCUGGUGUCUGUAAACCUGCUGGUGGUGUCUGCGGUUUCAGCCUUCGCAACCGGAGCCGUCCUCUCGGGCCUCACCGUGUGCUGGAUCAUGAGUCACCGCCACCGCCACUCCCGCGGCUCUGGAGCCAACGGCGCCCGCCGCAAAAAUGACAAAGAGCAGAGCAUGCUGGGGCAGGGCCGCAGCGGGUCAGUAAUGAGCGUAACGAGAACCAGCGGCGGUGAAAGGCGGCGCUCACAGGCGGACAACCCCUUCGUCACGCCCAACGGCUGGCCUAAAGGAGAGAUGGACCCAGGCUUGCUGCCUACCCCGGAGCAGACCCCGCUGCAGCAGAAACGGGCCAUGCGUCUCCCAGACACCGACUGGGACCAGAGCCAGACCUUCCUCACCGCCGUGGGGACUCCCUGCCCCAACAACUCUGUCAUCUACCUGAGCUCCAAGUUCCUGCACGGAGGUGGAGGGGGCGGAGGGAUGGUCCGGAUAGAGGACCCAGGGGAGGUCAUGUUGCCCCCGCACACAGAGCGCCAGCGCUACCUGAUCUUAGCCACCCAGAGAGGGGAGCACGGUGGCAGUCGUCCCAGCGGCACCCUGAGGAACUCAGCGGGAGAAUACAUCUACCCCGCCACGCCGCAGGACUCCCCCGACCGACGGAGGGUGGUGUCCGCUCCCACUCCCCACAUGGACUAUGGGGAGCCUCGCUGGAGCCACGAGGCGCUCAACUACAACAGCAACAAUGGAGUGCCCUACCACUCCCAGCGCCCGGGCCUCAUCAGGCCAGAUAUGCAUGGGCCUCGAGGGCUGGGAGAACUGGCUGACUUCAGCCAUCUUCUAGGGAAGAACAUGGGAGAGCGCACCCCCAGUGGCCAGUGAGGCGAUGUACGUGAGCCCUGGCACCAAGCUCUCUCUCUGAACACCCAUUCCCUCCAACAGCAGACUGGAAUAAAUCAACCCCUCAGACUCACUGUCCGAUCAA